GGUAGGUGGCGUUGGUCCACCUUAAUGGUCCAGAAGAAGAAGAGUUGCUAAUGCUAAAGCUAACGAUGGCUUCUUCCUCGGAGCUCCGAAUGGACCAGCUCCCUUCGGACCCGCUGCUCCACAUCCUGUCCUACCUGGACUUCAGGGACCUGGUCCGCUGCAGCUGCGUUAGCCGGAGGUUCAAUGAUUUGUCCAAACAUGGUCCUCUGUGGAAGUCUCUGAGCUGGAGACACUGGCUGUUGACAGAGGUGGACCGCGUCCAGAGCGGCGUGUCCUGGUACCGUCUCUUCAGACAGUCCUAUGGGGACCUGGGACGCUAUGUCUACUGCUACGCGUCCCUGAAGAGGACGUGGGAGCAGCUGAAGACAUUCCUGCAGCAGAGAUGUCCCCGAAUGAUCGUCUCACUCAAAGAGGGAGCCACAGAGAUGGAGCUGGAUGACGUAGAGGUCCAGAUUGGGUCCCGUCUCCCUGAGGACUACCGCUGCUCCUUCCGCAUCCACAAUGGACAGAAGCUGGUCAUCCCCGGUCUGAUGGGCAGCAUGUCCCUGUCCAACCACUACCGGUCUGAGGUCCUGCUGGACGUGGAGACGGCAGCUGGAGGGUUCCAGCAGAGGACGGGGAUGAGGUCCUGCCUCCCCCUCACCUUCUGCUUCCACACGGGGCUCAGUCAGUACCUGGCCGUGGAGACGGCCGAGGGACGCAGGACGGGGGACACCUUCUACCCCUGCCCCGACCAGACGUCCCAGGACCCCUCGGCCAUCGACAUGUUCAUCACAGGCUCCAGUUUUUUGGACUGGUUCACCACCUACGUCCACAACGUGGUCACCGGAGAAUACCCCAUCAUCAGAGACCAGAUCUUCAGGUACGUCCACGACAAAAGCUGCGUAGCCACCACAGGCCCCCUCACCGUCUCCGUGUCCACAUCCUUCCUGCCAGAGUUGUCCUCCGUCCACCCUCCUCACUUCUUCUUCACCUACCGCAUCAGGAUAGAGAUGUCUCCCAGCUGCUCCCCUGACGCCUCCUGUCAGUUGGACACUCGCUACUGGAAAAUCACCAGGUCUGACGGCACCGUGGAGGAAGUCGAGGGUCCCGGGGUGGUCGGAGAGUUUCCGGUCAUGACCCCUGGGAAGGUGCAUGAGUACUCCAGCUGCACCACCUUCUCCACCCCGUCAGAGUACAUGGAGGGUCACUACACCUUCCACAGACUGGCCAAUGAAGAAGAAGUGUUCAACGUGGCCAUCCCACGCUUCCACAUGGUCUGCCCCCCCUUCAGGGAGCCCCUGGCCCCAACGCUAAAGGCGUCGGCCAAUCACACGCCUCGCUUCGACGACCACCACGAUGGCGGCGGCGGCGGCGGCGACGACUUCGGGAACCUGAGAGGAAUCAACAUGGCCGCCUUGGAGGGAACCUUGUGCCCUCGACACAUCUGAGCCCCGAGGGGCAGCGGGACUCUGGGACGGGGGCGUCGGACUAAAUGUGAAUGUGCUGCCGUUUCUAUGGGGGGGGGGGGGGGGGCGCUGUUUUCUGUUUGUCUUCAAACUUCUGUCACGACACUGGACGAGACACCGGGACGUCGUCCUGGUGAGGACACGAUGAGCGUCCCUGAACUCAUGGUCUGUGGUUUUAAUUCUAAUAGAUUUUAGUUUUGGUCUGAAGACAGAAGCUCAGAGUCACAUCUGGAGACCAACUACAGAACCAACAACUCUAAGACAAGGGAUGUCAUUUAAAGAACUGGUCCCGUUGGUGGGACAGAGAGACACUAUGGGGACACUAGAACCAUGGAGGACUGAGUGUGUUUAGUUUCUUUCUCUGUGGUGGAAGCGCUGCGUCUUUGUUUUGUAUCUUUGGCCUAAAAAUAAAAACUCGUAUUCAGCUGCA